AUGUCGAUCCCAAAGUUCGCUGGCAUGUCCGGCAAUCUCUUAAUGCGGACUGUAACCGCGUGUGCUACCAUGGGAUUCUUGCUGUUUGGCUAUGACCAGGGUGUCAUGAGCAGCAUCAUUGAUGCAAAGCCCUUCAACACUGUUUUCCCGGCAACCGAUAAUGAUUCAACAAUGCAAGGAACUGUUACUGCUAUCUAUGAAGUCGGAUGUCUUGUGGGAGCUGCCUUCAUUCUUGGGGCAGGCGACUGGCUCGGUCGACGCUGGUCCAUUAUACUUGGUGCCACUGUGAUGAUUCUUGGUGUUAUCAUACAGGUGACUGCCUAUCCAGGUCACGUUCCUCUAGCCCAAUUCAUCGUUGGUCGAGUUAUUACUGGCAUCGGCAAUGGCAUGAACACCUCAACUAUUCCUACUUAUCAAGCAGAAUGCUCAAGGACCUCUAAUCGAGGUCUACUCAUCUGUAUCGAGGGUGCCACAAUUGCCUUUGGUACUUUGAUUGCUUACUGGAUUGAUUUCGGGUCAUCUUAUGGUCCAGAUAAUCUCACAUGGCGUUUCCCUAUUGCGUUCCAAAUUGUCUUUGGUCUCCUGAUCAUAUUUGGAAUGUUCUUCUUGCCUGAAUCUCCGAGAUGGCUUCUCACCCGUGAGCGCUAUGAGGACGGUGAAAGGGUCAUCGCUGCCCUAAUGAACAGGGAAACCUUCCACCACGAGGUACAGCUGCAAAAGAAUAUCAUUCUGGACUCUAUCAGAGCUUCAGGUCAAGCUGGGAAAACUACACCCCUGUCUGCCGUGUUCACUGGUGGAAAGACCCAGCAUUUCCGAAGAAUGCUUCUAGGUUGUUCGUCGCAGUUUUUCCAACAGAUUGGUGGCUGUAACGCUGUGAUCUACUACCUCCCCGUCUUAUUCAAACAGUCGUUGAAACAAUCCGAAUUUAUGUCCAUGAUCCUUGGAGGUGUCAAUAUGAUUGUCUAUUCCAUCUUUGCCACCAUGUCCUGGUUCCUAAUAGAGAGAGUCGGGAGACGCAAGCUCUUUUUGUGGGGUACCAUUGGCCAGUGCGCCUCCAUGGUUGUUACUUUUGCCUGCUUGAGCCCAGGAACCCCAUCUGCGGCGAAAGGUGCAGCUGUGGGCCUCUUCACUUACAUUGCCAGUUUUGGUGCAACAUGGCUACCUCUUCCGUGGUUGUAUCCUGCUGAGAUCUCGCCAAUCAAGACAAGGGCCAAGGCCAACGCGAUUUCUACCUGCACAAACUGGCUGUUCAACUUCCUUAUUGUCAUGGUUACUCCAAUCAUGAUCAGCAACAUCAAAUGGGGCACUUACCUUUUCUUUGCCUGUGUCAAUGCGUGCUUCCUACCAGUGAUCUACUUUUUGUACCCAGAGACUGCUGGGCGCUCCUUGGAGGAAAUUGACCUCAUCUUUGCAAAGGGGUACUCGGAGAAUUUGAACUAUGUGAAAGCCGCCAAAGAUUUGCCUAGCUUGUCUGAUGAGGAUGUGGAGCGUGUUGCUAUCCAAUAUGGCUUUGGUCCAGCUGAUGUUGAUUCCAGUAGUGAUGGUGCGACACAGGAGCAUACUCAGGUUGAAACUGAAAAGUCUACUUUCACUCAGUCAAGUCAGGUUUGA